UUAAUGUACUUUCCCUUGAUGUUCCAUAGUCUUGGGACAACCUGUAUAUUGCUGCGUAUAGCUUUCCUUUUUAUUGCGCAGUUCAUCAACUAUCGAUACUCUGUUUCUAUAGAAACUGUUUGCAGAAAACAAAUGUUGACCUUUUAUAAUAGAACAAUGUUUAGUGAUGCACCAAUGUAGUGUUUUUAAAAACUCGUGUGUUCGGGUUCCUGUCGACCCUUGGAGUAAAAUGCCAAAAACGGCUUACGAACGAAACGACAAGCCUCUGAAUGCGUCUAUAGAUUCAUCGACUACUAUUUCUAUGUCUGGCGACAAUAUUGAUACUAAGAAAUUAAAAGAAUUUUACCAUAGUAUACCAGAUUACAAUGAUAUUAAUCAUCUACCGGCAAAUGAGUUUUAUUCAACACUUAAAUCGUUGCGAGAGAAGAAAAAAAUGAUGUUGGGUAUGGCGAUAGAGAACAUUGACUACGAUAAAGUUUGUGGAACGAUGGUUGAUGACAGUACCACAAUACAAUCAACAAAAUGUAAUAUUCCAUUAAAGAAAAAUUCAAUUGUGAAUCGCCGUGCCAGUGUUAAAAAUACAGAUAGAGGUUCCAUAAAACACCAAGCAAGAAAAACUAAUAUUCAUUCUUAUACUAUUGAAGUUAAAAGAGAUGAUGGCCCAGCAAAAAAUGAUUUGAUAUUAAAAGGGAGUAACAAAAAAUAUCGUCCUAAAAGAAAUCAAUCAGCUUGCUCAAUUUCAUGGCACGACGAUAAAAUCGAGAACAAGAGUGAAGUUGAUGAGAAGUUUGAUAAAUUUUUUGAUACGGAAGAUACGAAUGCAAUAAUUGACGACGAAUUUAAAACGCAAAGCAUGCCAUCCAGUCCAUUGAGAUCAAAACGUGCUGGAUCCGUAAGCAAACACCGAAACGUAACCAUACCAAAGCCAUUUAAAAUGACUGAAAGGGAUGAAGAGGAGCGCAUUGUGAAUGAACUUCGAAGCUUACAAAAAUCAUUUUCGGAGGACAUGUUAAACCGGAAGUUGGAGAAAAAACAGUUUAAGGCACAUCCGGUACCCAUCGAGUCCCGGAUACCCUUAUAUGAUAAGAUUUUAGAAGACCAAGCUAUGAGGUUAUUUUUUCGUCCUACGACACACGUUUUAUGGUUUUUAGGUAUUAUUUGCGCUUACAAUUUAUUUCCAAUAUGUAAUAUACUCGACAUUUUUUUUGCUUUAAAAUUUGAGUUAUACGCCCGAAUACCUAUAGCUUGUUGGUUGUUUUGUAUUAACACACAUUUAUAAUGUCUACAUGUAACACGCAUUUAGCAAAUAAUGAUAAUUAUUAUUUAAAUGA